AUGACAUUCAUUCAUGAAAUCAAGAAUAUCGUAAAGUCAGUCGGACUUGGCGACUUGUCGUUCUUUACAAUACCAAAUGAUAAAAUCGAAUUCAAUCCGAUGAAAUAUGAUAACGUUUCGUUUAUCGUGAACGGACAAAUGCACGGAACAGUCAAAAUAGUGCAUGGCAGAUACGAGCUAGACCAUGCGAUGAUUGUGUCAAAAAUAUUCCUAACCGAUGAAUCGAUGGUGGGCAAAGUGUCUAUUACUCCUGUAUUCUCGGAAAACGGCCUGACCGUGACGAUAGAGGGUCCUCGUCAAUUUACACGUGCUCGAUAUGAUACGGAAAUAGCAUUCCCAAAGAGGGUGACUGAUCUUUCCAGUCUUAAGCUGGAAGUCGUAGAUGCGACAGUCGAGAUUGGUGAAAUGAAUAAUUUGUUUAUUGAUAAAGUUGACAUUAUCAAUACCAACGGAAGCAUCGAUGCUAAGUUGUUAAAAUCGUCAACGACACAUCUCAAGGCUGCAAAUGGACCCAUCGCCGGAUCGUAUCAGCCGACUACAGAGUUCAUAGCUGUGACUUCCAACGGCAACAUUGAAUCGAGCGUAUCGCCAGCAAUGCAACCAUUAGUAACAGAGCUUUCUACAACAAACGGUCACAUUAAGGGUUUCUAUCGUUUGGCUAAGAAAUUCUCGGCCAAGACUACAAACGGCUCAGUAUCAAUUCAGGGACACAUAAAGAACGAAGAAAACAUUGAUGUUAAUAUAGUAUCUACAAAUGGAUCGGUCGGAUUGAUUCUGCCAAGAAUUUAUAAAGGCCGAUUCCAGCUGGAAACAAUGUGGGGCCCUACGUCUGUUAAUGAAUUGCUUGAUGUGAAGUUUGAGACGGAUACACGCAGUACGAAGAUCGGUGUCAAGGGAGAUGAUUUAAGAAAAGGCAAUAUCAGACUGAGCACAGUUAAUGGCGGAGCGAAGUUGGAGUUUAAAAUUUAA